CGAAGUGUGUCGCGGUCGCCACAACCCCCAGCACCCCCAGCGGCGCGCGGUCGGCAGUCGGCCACCGUCACUCGUUCAAAUCACUCGGACUUGAAGUUUUGAAACGGGCACAGCUAGCUCUCCAGGGCAACCGAGGCCGGAGCCGGCCACUGUGAAGAGAGAUUCUACCGCGUAGUUGGUGUCCUGUGCGUCGGGCUGCGGCAGAGCCCACCCAGCGGCCCAACAUGAUCCCCGUCUUCCUGCUGGCCCUCGUGGUGGCCGUCAAAGUGUUCAAGAAGACGACCCCUAAUGGGAAAAUCACGGUGUACCUCGGGAAGCGAGACUUCAUCGACCACCUCGAUCAUGUGGACCCCAUCGAUGGCAUCAUCGUGGUGGACAACGACUACCUCAAAGGCCGCAAGAUAUACGGACAGGUGACGACGACGUACAGGUAUGGUCGCGAGGAGGACGAGGUGAUGGGCGUCAAGUUCAGCAAGGAGAUCAUCCUGGCGCGCGAGCAGAUUGUGCCACCCGCGCACCACGAGGACAAGCAGGACCUGACCGCCGUGCAGGACAAGCUGCUCAAGAAGCUGGGCCCCAACGCGUACCCCUUCACCUUCAAGUUCCCGCCCGCGUCGCCCUGCUCCGUGACCCUGCAGCCGGGCGAGGACGAGACCAGCAAGCCCCUGGGCGUGGAGUACGUCGUCAAGACCUUUGUGGCGGACGGCGCCGACGACCGCGGCCACAAGCGCUCCUCCGUGGCGCUCGCCAUCAAGAAGCUCCAGUACGCGCCGCCGUCCCGCGGCCGCCGUCUCCCGUCCUCGCUCGUGUCCAAGGGCUUCACCUUCUCCCAGGGCAAGAUCAACCUGGAGGUCACGCUGGACAAGGAGAUCUACUACCACGGCGAGAAGAUCGGCGCCAACGUCACCGUCAACAACAACUCCCGCAAGGCCGUGCGCAACAUCAAGGUGUACUGCGUGCAGCACUGCGAGGUGACCAUGGUGAACGCGCAGUUCUCGCGCCACGUCGCCUCGCUGGAGACGAGGGAGGGCUGCCCGAUCACGCCCGGGGCGUCCUUCACCAAGACCUUCUACCUGGUGCCCUUGGCGUCCUCCAACAAGGACCGGCGCGGCAUCGCGCUCGACGGCUACCUCAAGGACGACGACGUGAACUUGGCAUCCUCCACGUUGAUCGCCGAGGGCAAGGCGCCCAACGAGGCCAUGGGUAUCGUCAUCUCGUACUCGCUGCGCGUCAAGCUCAACUGCGGCACUCUGGGCGGCGAGCUGCAAACGGACGUGCCCUUCAAGCUGCUGCACCCGGCUCCAGGCUCCGGCGACGCGAGGGAGCAGAAGGCUCUGAAGAAGGGGAAGAGCCAGGAGCGGUCUCGCUACGAGAACUCGCACUAUGCCGACGACGACGAGGACAACAUCGUGUUCGAGGACUUCGCGCGGCUGCGACUCAACGAGCCGGACGACUAGAGGGGCGUCGUCGGGGACGUCUGAGCGCUGACCUGGUGGGCUCGGGGCUCCGCUCCGCGCUCAUCAGGGGGCUGCUCCAGACGUUCCAAAGUCACCCCUCUGCCCGCCGCCCGCCCUGGAGCGGGCCAUAACCCAUUUUGCCACAAGCCCCACAGAGAUCGUGGUUGUGUCCAGCGCGGCCUCGUGGGGCUCAGUGCAGUGGAGGCUGCUCCCCUGGAGCCACUCGGCCCCGACCGUCAUUGGGCCUUCCCUCUCCUCGACCCAAAUUCAUUUCGACGACUACCUCCCCUCCCCUCCCCUCCCCUCCCCUCCCCUCCCCCAAUCCUCAUGGCGCUGUAACAUAUGCACCCGUCCGGCUCGCCCCACCACCCGACCUUUAGCACUAGUACUUGUUCACUGUGAGCAUUUUCAAUUAAAAAUUCGGUCCCUCGACAACUUUUUUAAAAGGACCAAUCCUUUAUCGUUGUGCCAUUUUGUAGUUUUAGAAGGAGAUCUGAUGGCGAGCGCGGGUGUGCGAUGAUUGUGUGACUGUGAGAGUGAGAGUUUAUGUGUCUGAGUGCGUGCGUGGAUCAAGACUUCGUAUGCGCGAUUUUGAGGCUGCUAGCGAUUUCAAAAAAGUAAUGGGGCCAGUAAAAGUUUAGCGAGAUUGCAGAAACAAUAAAUAAACGACUUACUACUUUCGUAACAUGAUAUUUAUGAUUUGGCCUAGUUCAGACCUCAAGCCGCUUAAAAUAAUUAAUUUGGACGUGUUCCAUUUUUGUACUAUACUGGAAACAACUUUUCAAUCGAACUAAACGUUGAGCUGUACGUCUAAUAAUUGGACAAUUUUUGCUCUUCGUGUUUAACAUUGUCAAAUUUGACACUACAGCUGGAAAUGAAAUAUUAUAUAUUGGCCCGCCUUAGAAAUGUUAUAUUUUUUCAGGUGUCUAGUGAUUUUUCCAGGUUGUUAUGACAGCUAUCGUUUCACCCAGAGUGGAAACUAGACCAAAAUUGACAGUAGUGACGGAGUGGUUCAGUGUUUUUUUUAUUAUUUGUGCGAUUGACAGCCGAUUUGCCGAUCACUUCAUUGUUAUUAUUCUGAUUACAAUCUUUGUAAAAUAUCUCGUGCCAAUAAAAAGCAUUUCCAUCUAAA